AUGUGCAAAACUCAUAUAAUAAGUCAGUUAAGAUCGACACAGAACCAACUCUCUACAGGAAAGGCCUCCACUGCAGCUUCUGUAAAGAGAAAAUCACUUAUCCAGCGAAAUUCUUUAAAUGAAACGGAAUUCUGCAUGAAGUGCCGUGAGGAGAAUGAGAUGAUGGCAGCGCGUAAGAUUGACGAGUUAAAGGAAAGAGAACAACAAACAGUUUUACUUCCAAUGAUGAGAAAUUCUGAAGACGGAAUUUCGAUUUUGGAAAGUGUUUUGAGGACAGGAAUCAUGACUAACGAACCUUCAAUGGAAGAAGAGAAGGAAAUACAUGACUUCUUCCAGAGUUUUAGUAACGCAGAAGAGGAUUAA